UAAAAUGGAAUCAAUAAAGCUAAGUUUACCUCAAACAUGCACUAGUUCUUUCAGAAUAUAUAUUCCACAAUUUAAAUACUCCUGAACCUAUCAAUUUAUAUCAGUUUUUCUGUAUGCUGAAUGUUGUAAAUUUAGUUUCUCACAGUUCAAACCAUCUUCUCACCACCACCAUAUAGCACCCAAAUUAGUCUAAUACUAUUUGUUCAUCGUGAUCUAUUUUAAAUUAUAUUCUUCGAUAUCCAUUCUCUGCUUAAAAGCAAAAACAAACAACAGUUACAAAAGGAAGAGCUUGGAGUCAUAUGGAGUACAUUGCAUGAGUGGUGUUAUUGUGUAAAUAGUAAGUGGAGGUAUUUGGCAGACAUACAUAUAGUUAUAAUACAUAAUACUACACUAAUGAAACAACCAUUUACUACUGUCUUUCUCCACACAAACAUGUUAUGAUUCAGCCAGAGGGAUCCAUAAUGCUAGGGUUAUGCAAUGCUAAAGGCGAAUGAUCUCGUUUAUCUGUCUGCCUGAUAAGAGGAACAAACAGGGUUUAAGUUAGAAAACAAUCUGUUGACAUAACUUAACAAAAUAACAAUCAGAGGUAUUGAAUCACCAGUCAUUAAAUCAUAGCCUAUAACUAUAUGGAUUAUUACUUAUUCUAGGUGUUAUCUAUUACCACCUAAUUGACACAGUUCUUCCAAAAGCAGCAUCCAUGUAAUUGUUUUCAUAACCUUAUGUAAAGACAGAGAUCAGUAAAUUGGUUGUUCAAAAACAGGGUUGUUUUGAUGUUCAAUCACUUUAUGUUCCAAAGUCAAUAUUGACAACAGACCUUGUGAAACUGGAUCUACGCACGUCAAGCAGGGUCAUCCAUGGUUUAAAGCGACUUUGUCAAAAAUAUUUUAUAUACCUAGUUGGCGUGUCAAUCAUUAACACCUCUAGAGGCCGGACCUCGUAUAAAUAUUGCUGGCUCAGAGAAAGGAGUUUAGAAGGAAAACUACACUUGAACUGAGCAAUCCAAAAGGAAGAAGUUAUCUACACAAGGACUAGAGAUGUCUGGAUUAUGUGAGAAACUGAGAUUAGUGGCAGCAGUUGCUCUGGCUAUCUUGGCUGUGGUGAGCUCAUCCCCGGUGUUGGGACCGGAGCCUAUCCGCUGUGCCGUGUGUUCGCAGGACAAACUGAACGACUGUCCUGCCAUCCCAGCAGACUGCAAGCAGGUGCUGAGGGAGCCUGGCUGUGGCUGCUGCAUGGCUUGCGCCCUGGAGAGAGGAGCGUCCUGUGGGGUGCACACAGCCCACUGUGGUGAGGGUCUUCGCUGCAGUCCCAGGCCUGGUGAGGCCAGACCGCUGCACGCACUGACCAGAGGACAAGGGGUCUGCACUGAAAACCUGAGCCAAGAUGAAGCAGAUGGAGCUCCUGAACAAGGCUCCCUGCACUACCUGCUGGGUCUCAACCUUCCUCUUGAUCACCAAGACACCGCUGAAGGGCAAGAGAGUUUCAAAGCGAAGAUCAAUGCCAUCCGCAACAAACUGGUUCAAGAGGGUCCCUGUCACAUUGAACUGCAUGCUGCUCUUGACAUGAUAGCGAGCUCUCAGCAGACACUAGGAGAGAGGUUCACUACUUUUUACCUCCCUAACUGUGACAAGUACGGCUUCUACAAACCCAAACAGUGUGAGUCAUCUCUGACUGGACCGCCGGCUCGCUGCUGGUGUGUCUCUUCCUGGAAUGGGAAGAAGAUCCCAGGAUCCAGUGACUUUCUCGAUGACUCAGAGUGUCAUCAAGAAGUUAGUCACUAAAGGAUGGACACUUUUGAUUGCUCAUAAACAAACACAGACUCAUACACAAACAAAUCAAGACAAAAACAAAGAAAAAAAAAAAAAAUCUGAUGAGUUGACCUCAUUUUACGAAAACACACUCAUUCACACUAAAUCUAAUAUCCUAUUUCAGAGGUGAAAACUUCCUCUCCUUUUAUGUAUGUAUCAAGACUUAUUUAUUCAGUGCUUGUAUAUUCAAACUAACCAUUUGUCGUUUUUAGAUAUUUUAUAUGUUUGCCUAUUUUUUUGAUUGUAAAUAGGGCAACACUGUAUACAUUUGUGUUUCUGAAUAACUCCACUGCUCACAACCACAAGUCCGCAGCUCUGCCAAGCCCAUUUCAGAGUCUUCAGGAUCAGUUUUUUUUUAAAUUCAUUCAAAACUGGAGCUGCUCACUGCAAGACACAACACAGCCGCUCAUUCAUUCAACAUGUUGACAUUGUCUGAAUGUAUCUCCGUUGGCGUUUCCUCAAUGGGUAUUGGGGGGGAAAUACUUAAAGGGCCACAAGUAUGUACACGGUGGCCAAGCACAAACAUAUCAAGACUCAUCCAGGCCACCAUGAGGUUUGGGACUGUUUUUUUUCUGCAUUUGUCUACCUCUACAGGUCCACAGGUUCAGCACAGGAUCGCUGAAGGCUCUCUUCAGCUACAGCUUUCUCAUAUUAAGGACUCUUUUAUUUGUCUGUUUUGACUUAUUCUAUCAUUUAUUCAGGUAUUUAUUAUGAUUCACUUGUAUAUUUAUGCUGUUUUUUUUUUUUUGCUACUGAGCUCUUGUGCAGUGAACAGAAUUACUGCUGAAUGCUAUUUGCCAGGAAUGCUGCUAUUCCAUUAUUGUUUUGGGGAAACAAUGUUCCAUGUUUCUGUAAUCCUGUGGAUGUG